UGAGACUAGGAUAUCCUGUGUGUGCAGGAGCAGGAGCGGAGCGCAGCAGCAGAGACAGGCAGCACUGUGUGUGUGUGUGUGUGUGUGUGUGUUUGUGCGUGUGUGUGUUUCUGAGUGUGAUUGUAUGUGAGAGCAGCAGUGGCGGUGGAGUCUGAGACUCAGACACAGGCAGCUCCGCGCAGCACACACAGCACAGCAGAGAAGAGAAGAGCAGAGCAGAGCGCAGGCAGGCAGAGCAGGCAGCAGCAGUCACCACGAGUGGCAGCAGGAGCAACGGCACUAGUCGCGGUGACACUGACAGCGACAGCAACUCGCUCUUCCUCCGCUUCUUCUUUCUCUCUCUUUCUUUCUCUCUCUCUCUCUUUCUUUCUCUUUGGCACACACUCUCUCCUGUACUCUCCUGUUUGCGCUUCUCUCUCUCUCUCUCUCUCUCUCUCUCUCUCGCUCUCGCUGUCUUUCUGUGUCUUUCCCUCCUCCCCCUUUUUUCCAUCUCUUUCCUUCUCUGUCCCCCACUUUUCUCCUUCUUUUUCAACUCUCUCUGUGUGUCUCUCUUCAGAGUCCUCUCAGCUGUGCUGUGAGUGUUCUUUUUUUUCCCCAUCGGUUCUUCCUCUGCUCUGGAGUUCGGGAGGCUUUUUUGUUUCAGAGGAAAGAGUUAGAAGUCAGGAGAGUGAGGAGAGCGUGUGAGUGUGGGGGGAAGAGAGUGAGAGUGCACCGGGGGAAGCUAGGAAAGCCAAGGAGCCAAGUCGCUGAGCUUGGCUGUUUACCCAAAAAACAAAAACCCGGCUUCCAAACACCCCGCAGAACUGGCUGCCCACAUGCCGAUCGAAUUUGUUUGCAAAAUCAAAUUUGCCGAGGAGGAUGAGCAGCAGCAAGGGGUCGGCAAGAAGGGCGGCAAGCCGUCGUCGUCGUUGGGGGGCGACGGCAGUGGCGGCGACAAGGAGAGCCUGAUCGAGGAGAGCUGCGCGCCGCCCGCCAAGGACCUGGCCGGCUUCGCCAGCGCCUGCUCGCUGCACGGGAUUAACCACAUCUUCGUGUCGGGCCGGCUGGGCGUGCGGCAGACGCUGUGGGCGCUGGCCUUCCUGGUCUCGCUGGCGCUCUUCCUGUACCAGGCCGCCAAGUGCGCCAUCUCCUACCUGGAGCACCCGCACAUCACCGCGCUCAACGAGGAGGCCUCGCCGGAGAUGGUCUUCCCGGCCGUCACCAUCUGCAACGUCAACCGCUUCCGCUUCUCAGCGCUGAGCGACGCCGACAUCUACCACCUGGCCAACCUGACGGGCCUGCCGCCCAAGAACAAGGACGGCCACAAGCCCUCGGACCUGGACUAUCCGGCGCCGGACAUGCAGGACAUCUUCAACCGCACCGGACACCAGCUGGAGGAGAUGCUCAAGAGCUGCAACUUCAGCGGACAAAACUGCUCCGCCGACGACUUCACCGUGGUGUACACGAGAUAUGGGAAGUGCUACACCUUCAACGGCAACAAGACAGGCUCCCGGAAGACCAAGCAGGGAGGUAUGGGGAACGGCCUGGAGAUCAUGCUGGAUAUACAACAGGAUGAGUACCUACCAAUUUGGAGAGAAACAAACGAGACGUCGUUAGAAGCCGGCAUCCGCGUGCAGAUCCACAGUCAGGACGAGCCACCCUAUAUCCACCAGCUGGGCUUCGGAGUCUCCCCGGGAUUCCAGACCUUUGUUUCAUGUCAGGAACAAAGGCUGACGUAUCUUCCGCAGCCGUGGGGUAACUGCCGCUCCACGCUGGAGCAGCUGAUCCCGGGCUACGACAAGUACAGCAUCAGCGCCUGCCGCCUGAACUGCGAGAGCAUGGCCGUCCUCAAGGAGUGCAACUGCCGCAUGGUGCACAUGCCCGGAACUGCCGACAUCUGCCCUCCCAACAGCAUCAAGUGUGUGGAUAAAGCUCUCGCCCUGCUCCAGAAGAGUUCCGGGGACACCUGCCCCUGCGAGACCCCCUGCAACCUCACGCGCUACGGCAAGGAGCUCUCCAUGGUCAAGAUCCCCAGCCGCGGCUCAGCGCGCUACCUGUCCAGGAAAUUCGACAAGACGGAGGAGUACAUCAGAGACAACUUUCUGGUGUUGGAUAUAUUCUUUGAAGCGCUUAAUUACGAAACAAUAGAACAGAAGAAAGCAUACGACGUCGCCGGCCUUUUAGGUGACAUUGGUGGGCAGAUGGGCCUGUUCAUUGGCGCCAGCAUCCUCACGGUCUUAGAGAUACUGGACUACCUUUAUGAGGUGACGAAGCACAGGUUGCAGCGUCUGCUGAGGCCAUCAAAGGAGGAGGAGGAGGAGGAGAAGAAGAGGGCGGCGGUGACGCAGCAGAAGCCCAGCACAGUGGCCACAGUUAGGCUGGAGGAGAGCAAACCCAAGGAAAGCACAGAAGUGAGCAGUAGCAGUAGCAGCAGUAGCAGAAGGCAUCCGGAGGGGGCUUACGCCAACACCAUGCUCCCCAACCACCACCACCACCAACAGCAACAACACCACCACCACCAACAGCACCACUCACACCAUGGAGUGUUUGAGGACUUUGCCUGUUAGGGAGCUCCGACCGCCGCUCCCCUGCGGUGUCAACCCCUGAUGACAACAAAAGAAGGGUCUGGCUCGAUGCUGGCACAUAAAAUGGACCCUUGAGUCACCCGUUCUUUACCUUUCUUUCGUUCUGUCAUCGGUGAAAAGCUACAGCCAAAGUCGAAACACCCUCCUGACGCCUCCCCUCCUCUCCUCUCCUCUCCUCUCCU